CGUUGGGCAGGGCCAGGGGCUGGUGGCACUGAGUGCUGGCAGCUGCCAGGUCCCAUCCCGGCUGUGCUCUGCAGGUGCUGCUGGAAGAUGAGCCCAGAAACAAACUGCGCACGGCGGUGGGGUGGAACGCCAUGCUUGCCAUUGCUUACCUGCCCAUCCCUCCCGGGGACCCCUGUACGAGAUCUCGAGGCACUGCUCCAAAUACCCAAGUGUGACUGGCUCCUCUCUCUUUGCAGUGCAGUGGAGAGGGUGCUGGAGGGCAAGGAGGCAAGCCUCCUCCAAGCCUGCUUCUCUAGUGUCUUCUUGCUUCCUCCAGAAGAGAAAAUGCAGGAUAUGGGCCAUUAUCUCUUCUUAAAAGUAAGUGCUUGGUGAACUGCAGGACCCAACAGUCCCUCUGGCUGCUCCCUGUUCACCCCAUGCUGAUAUAUAACCAGAAAGACAAGGCAGGGUUGUUCUCAGCUCUGCAUUCACACCCUCAUGCCUUCAUCUGCUGACAGUUGGCCUGGCCACAUCCAGUGCCAACUGCUGCUCUGCCCGUAGCAGAUUAUUUGCCUCUGAGUCUCUCCCAGGCACAGCAAAUCAGCACAGGAGUUGCCUCUUGGCACUGAGAGUUCAUAUCAGUCCCCCGUGUGUGAAACAGAUGACAGGAAACACGGCCAAAACUCGUUGUCUCCUUGCAGACCAUGGAAGCCAUGGACAACAUGCUACAGGCAUUGGUGCUCGGCUCUUCAGCCUCCAGAGUCAGCGAGCUGCUCCAGAAUAUCUUCCAGGUCUGGCGUGUGCAAAGAGUGGGCUUCACAAGGACUGUUCCUCACCCUGGGGGACAGGGUGUCCACUCUGGAGUGGACAGUCCCACCCGGUGCCGUGCAGAGAGAGCGCUGCCGGGAGGGUGCCCACCUCCCCGGGGAACCAGGGGCUGCCCGCCAGGCUCUUCCGCAGCACAGUGGCCGCAGAGGGUGACAUCUGCCUCCCUGCCUGCCCACAAGGCCCAGGGCAUUUGUUCCAAGCCUGCCAGGGGCCCGAGGGCCAGAAGCCCACUACAGGCUUUGCUCGAGAACAGAGUCCAGCCCAGGAGUUGAGUGGUGCUACUUCUGCUGGAGCGGUGGCUGCUCCCAAGGCUCACCAGCAGCUUCUCUCUUCCCAGAUGCUCUUGACCUUCGCCACCUCUGAGAGAAAAUGUGUGCAGGAGAGGGCUGUGGGGAGGAUUGAGAAGAUGAGCUCUGCGCUAUUCAGACAUCCCACACUGGCGUCCUGUGCGAGAUACCUCAGAACUUCUGAAAGGACAGAUGUCCUUGUGUUCAUCGAGGUGAUGAGACACACCAGCAUCUUUGACAAGAAGCGGGCAACAGACUUGCUGGACAUGGUCAUGGAAUUCCCUGACUUCUGGCUGGCGGAUGUAAGUGGCCAGUGGCUGGGUUGCCCUACCAGGCUUCAGCCCUGUCAGGCCUUGUUCCUUCCUCCAUCCCUACCCCCCAACCCCUGGUGUCUCAGGAAUGUGAAGCCACAUGAAGGUGGCAGAGAGGAAUGGGAAGGACAGCUGAGGAAGUGGCUGCACUCCAGAGACAGCGCCAUCCUCACCUGUAUCUCCUCCAGCUGCCAAAGAUCAUGAGAUGCAUCCACAAAAACCUGGACAGCUUCAACACAGCACCAGCUCGGCAGAGCGUGGAGUCCCUGCUUCUGCUCAUGGCUGACAGAAGACCAUGACAGAAGAUAGUCUGUGAGUCCCAUACUAAAAUAGAGCAAGUACCAAUUGAACAACGGACAAAAGAGCUUGUUAAGAAUGCCAUGAUAAAAAGAGGUGACUGCUUAAAGUUGCCAGGAGCAGAAUUUGUAAAGAUAUGAUGAUUUCAUAAUAUUGGGUAUUGCACGUAUGAAAAGUGGACCACCAAAACAGUAUAUGAAAAGGUUGAGCGAGCCUAUUGGGAAUGUAAAGAUCAGGAUAAUCAGAACAUAACUGAAUCAUGGGAUAACAUGUGGACGUUGAGUAUAGUACAGCAAUAUCAAUAUAGCGAAGCAUUUCCAUGGUGUAUACGAUGGACCAAUGUAACAAGAGGAGUAACAGUACCGUGGUGGAAUUGCUCUCAAGUAAUGACCUGCCAGACAGAUGUGAAAGAAAUACCUCUGUCCAUCAUUAAAGUUGCAGUAAUCGCAGGUUGCAUUUGUCAGAAACAAUUGGAUCCAAAGGAAGCAAUCAAAAUAGGCAUUGAUGGAGAUAAGAUAGAUUGUAGAGGAACUAUAGGUAGUGUGGGACAUUUGGUUUGGGCCUUAAGUGAUGGAACCUGGACAACACAUUUACCGAUAGCAGGAUCAGUAAGGGAGGUUACUUUGGGGUUACCAACCCUAUGUCCCAUUUGGAAAAGGUCACCCUUGAAGAAUAGGCAAGAACUCCUACAAGUUAGGCACAAGCGAGAGAUAGAUGAAGACGAUGUGUGGCACGAGCCAUUGGGUAGUGUUAAAUUCGGCUGGGCAUUAGAAUCUUUCUUUGCACCAAUCGCAGCCUAUAGAAACAGAGAAAUGAUUGACAGAUUAAUUGGACAGAUGGAUCGAUUGGCAAGGGUAACCAAAAAGGGUUUUCGAGAAUUCAAUAUACAAUUGCAAGCUACGACCAAAAUGACUUUGCAGAACAGAAUGGCACUUGACAUAAUGUUGCUAAAAGAAAAUGGGGUUUGUGGAUAUUUAAAAGAUAGGGUUGACCACUGCUACAUUCAUAUCCCAAACGUAACCUCUGAAGUGGAAAAAGAUAUUUCCCAAUUAACCCAAACAGAAGAAGAACUGCAAGCGGAAAAACAAGAUGUAGAGCAGAGCUGGGUUGGGGCCUUGCUAAGCAAAUUGAACCUGAACCUGGGAGGAUGGGUACAUUAGUUAUUGGAGAGUUUAUUUUUGCUUGCCAUUAUAGUUGCUCUUUUCUUUUUGCUUUAUGCUUGUAUUAAGCAUCAAAUAAGUCAAUCAAAGGCAAGGAACGACCGCAUCUUUACUGUCCUUAGCAGAUCCACUUUUGACAACCCUCCAGCUUAUAAGGAAAAUAUAAUGUAGUGAAAAUGCAUUGUCUAGGAAUAGAAAAGCAUUUUCAAAGGGGGGAAAUGUUAUAGUUGAAUUGAAUUUUGUGGGCUGUGUUUUGAUUCUGUAGACCGUAUCCAAGAUUCUUAGCUUUGAUACUGUAUCCAGGUUCAGAAUGUGCAUUCAAGCAUGAUUUUAUAUAACCAUACCCUAUUCCUGAAAUUGACAUAGAUUUAUGACAUAUUCUUUAGAACAGGUAACUUAAAACAUACCCUAUUCUUAAGAUUGAUAUAGAUUUAUGAUAUAUUCUUUAAAACAGGUAACUUAGAAAUAACUGAUAAACAUGCGAAUGUUACUUAGCAUUGCUUAGAUAGAUAAUUUGUGUUAGAAUAGGUGUGGAAUAUGCUAAUGGUUGUCAAGAAUUGUAAUGCAUAUGUAUGUGAUCAAAUUGUAUAAAUAUGGUGUAAACUGAAUCAGUGGCUGAAGCCAGCUUUGGGUGCGAACCCCUGGUUUCCCAGCGCUGAAAUAAAGCACCGCAUAUAACUGCA